GGGGGGGAGGGGGGGGUUAAAGAACCAGGCCGUACGGUCAUUUCAAGAGAGAGAAAAGGUAGGGGGGAGAGAGAGAGAGAGAGCGCGCGAGGGGGGAAUAAGCGAGCAUUCUCUCUCCCAUUCGACAGUGCCCAGCAGCACCUCGCCGUCCGAUCGAACUCUCCGAUCACUCGAUGAACAGUGUAUAUUUAUGCGUGGUGGUAUAUAUACAUCUAUAUUAUAUUUUCCCCCUUUUGCCCUCCUUGCUGUAGAGUAGUAAGUUAUACAGAACAGGGAAAGCCCCGCAACAUUCGAAUGGAGUUGUACGGACGGAACACGGCCAGGAAUGGGUCGCAGUCGGAUCGGCCGGGGGAAUGGGGCCCGGCGGGGGCUGAAACUGGCCUCGAAGAAUCAAUGCGGCGGUUGGGGCUCUGGAACAGAGAAAUUUUGUACCCGGAGAGGCCGGGCGCGCCCGACUGCGCCUACUACAUGCGAACUGGGUCCUGUGGAUACGGUACCAACUGUCGUUACAAUCAUCCUCGAGAUCGCACCGCGGUUGGGGGAGCUGUAAGAAUCGGAAUAGGAGAAUAUCCAGAGCGGCCGGGGGAGCCUGCAUGCCAGUAUUACCUUAGGACAGGGACCUGUAAGUUUGGUGCAUCCUGCAAGUUCAACCACCCAAGAAACGGUGGUGGUUCCAUUAGUAAUGUGCGAUCCAAUAGUGAUGGGUUUCCGUUACGUCCGGGUGAGAAAGAAUGCUCCUAUUAUUUAAAAACGGGGCAGUGCAAGUUUGGUAUAACCUGUAAAUUCCACCAUCCUCAACUGAGUGGCAUGCCAAUGCCAGUGCCUGCACGUCCAUUUUAUCCGACAGUGCAGUCUUCUACAAUUCCUUCACCUGACCAAUAUGGGGGAUCAUCAACCAGUUAUAGGAAUGGAAGGCCUCCGCUAUUGCCUGGCUCAUAUAUGCCAGGUGCUUAUGGUACUGUGUUGCUUCCCCCGGGAGUUGUUCCCAUUCAGGGUUGGAGUCCUUACUCGGGACCUGUAAGCCCUGUAUUAUCUCCUAGUGCCCAACCCCCAGUCGGGGCAGGUUCUCUGUAUGGAGUUACCCAGCUAUCUUCUUCAGCACCUGCAUAUGCAGGACCAUAUCCCCAAGUUCCCUCACCUGGUGUUCCUUCAAGCAGUAGUCAGAAGGAAAGAGUGUUCCCAGAGAGGCCUGGUCAACCUGAUUGCCAAUACUACUUGAAAACUGGGGAUUGUAAAUUUGGAUCAUCUUGUAAGUUUAAUCAUCCACCUGAUUGGGUGGUAUCAAAGACAAAUAGCAUGCUCAGUCCCCUUGGUCUCCCCCUCCGUCCGGGAGUGCAACCUUGUGCAUUUUAUAUGCAAAAUGCAUACUGCAAGUUUGGCCGCACCUGCAAAUUUGAUCAUCCAAUGGGAACACUAAGAUAUAGUCCAUCAGCUUCGUCUCUUACAGACAUUCCAAUUGCUUCCUACAUGGUCGGGUCUUCCAUUGCUACUAUAGCCCCAUCACUUUCAUAUUCAGAGCCACACCCUGAAUUUGUUUCGGGUUCUAAAUUGGAUCCCCAUUCAAGUAGAACGCCACCUUCUGCAAACACCUCUGGUAGUACCGUUGGUUUGAUCUUUUCCCACACUGGGUCUGCUUCAUCACUUUCUGAUGUCCAGCUGUCAGGUCAGAGUUCUACACCCAUAAGCAUUAGUAUGAGCACAAGACAAGGCGGUGAAGUUCGUCGAUCAAGCUGAAAUCCAUUCAUUGCCAUCUAAAAUUCGGCCUCAACAAUAUCUAUUCUGUUCUUGGAACUCAAGGACUCUUUAUUAUAGUUUGUUGUGCAAAGUUACAUCUCAUGUAUUAUCAAGGUCUGUUGUCAUAUUCAUAUAAUACCUUGCUUGCAACUGUUCAUUUAUGCUUAUAUAGUCUUUUGUGGCGUCAAUGUCAACUCAAAUAACAAGCUGAAAUGGCAAAUUCCACGUGAACUGCUGCUCCUUUCUUCUUAUUAACAAGAGGAAAGACCUUUCUUCUCUC